AUGUUUUUCCGACAGCUCCGCUCCGAUGCUCGGAAGGAGCCGACAGCGACAAAGCUCUUUGCUGCAGUGCAACUUCUGAAAACAGUUUUAGUGGCUCCCACCAACACCAAGACAACCCCCACGCCCUGCAACUCCCAUUCCCACGCUGUCACUGCCAUUGCGCAUAGUCGUUCUCGCGUCAACCAACAAUCCGAUCUGGUGGCAGAUCAGGUCAAUGGCAUUCUCAUUGUGGUCACAACAGAUCCGACGAUUGCCCAUUGA